AUGGACGACAAUCUAGCUACCAAGGACAUUCAGUACUGUUGGUGCGUCGAUGGCGGCGCCCAAGAGAUCGCAAAGAGGAUGACUGCCAAGGCCAAUAAGCGUAUCGAAUACAACACUUGCGUCCGUUCAAUCGACGCUCAAGUGCCGCUACGUACAGCUGGCAAGUAUACAGCUAUGAAGCUUCACACCAUCAGAACUGAUCCCAAGACCGACAAGGUUGAGAGCAAGGACAGAGAGUACUUUGCUGUCCUCAAUAGCACCACUCUUGUUGCCCUCCAGCGUAUGGAACUUCGCGAUGCAGGUCUUCUCUAG